GGACGAUUAGUGAUUUUCCAGCUUACUCUAUGUUGUCAGGUUGGACAACACAUGGUCGUCUAGCGUGUCCAUAUUGUAUGGAUGAAACUGAUGCAUUUUGGUUGCAGCAUGGACGAAAAAUGAGUUGGUUUGAUAGCCAUCGGCGUUUUCUACCAAGAAAUCACGUGUUACGACGCAACAAGAAGAAUUUUCGAAGAAAUAUAGUUGUUGUUGAUUCUGCGCCACUUGAACAUACCGGGGAUGAAAUUUUACUUGAACGAAUCGAAGAAUGUGUUCGGUCACAUGGAUUAUCUACUACAUCAGUGGUUGGUGGUAACGGUCAUUUACCGAUUGAAGGAUAUGGUGAUUAUCACAACUGGCAUAAGAAGAGUAUAUUUUGGGAAUUGCCAUAUUGGAGACAUCAUAAAUUACGACACAAUCUUGAUGUUAUGCAUAUCGAAAAGAAUUUUUUCGAUAACAUCAUUAAUACAGUGUUGAACGUUGCUCAGAAAACAAAAGACAAUAUCAACUCAAGGAAGGAUAUAGGGUUGAUUUGUUCGAGGAAGGAUUUGGAACUUACACCUGAUGGAAAGGCGCCGGUACCAAUUUUCCGUGUGUUUGGAGAAGCGAAGAUGAACUUUUUUAGAUGGUUACAGGAAGAUGUGAAAUUUCCUGAUGGUUACUCGUCAAAUAUUUCGCGAUGUGUUGACCUCGGAGGAAAAAAGUUAACAGGUAUGAAGAGUCAUGAUUGUCACGUCUUCAUGCAACGAUUGUUACCUAUUGCAUUUGCAGAGAUACUUCCAGAACAUGUCAACCAAGCUAUAUCAGGAAUUAGUAACUUUUUCCGGGAAAUCUGUAGUCGGACAUUGAAAAAUGAAGACGUCCAGUUGAUGAAGCAAAAUAUUGUUCUAAUUUGGUGCAAUUAA